AUGGAGGUCGCGAAUCAGAUGAUCCCGGACCACCAGGUUCAAAUUCAUAAUAUGGAUGCUGGGAGGUCGACUACCGUUCUGCCGCCACGCCCUUCUCAGGUGUCGGAGAUCGGCCCAUCGACAGUGGCUGCUGUGCCGUUGGGGAGGGCAAAGAUGGGAAGUGGGGACUGGCAGAGGGGACCCGCCCACUCCACCGUCAUUUCCGACGAAGUUAGGGCUGCGCUAAUUGAUGGCGUCUACAUCCGGCCGGGAAUUUGGGAUAGUCAACGUGAAAAGAAUGGCCCGGGGAGGAAGCAGCUCUUCCAGGAGAUCACCCAUCAACUCAAUGAGCAACAUCAUCAGGGGCUUUCGUGUGAGGAAGUGGAAAAACAAUGGAAAAAUCUAAAGGAUACGUAUAACAAAACGAAAAAGAAGAUGGGUUUCGACAGCGAUGGCCGGCCGAUCACCCCAAAAUGGAAAUUCUUCGUAAACAUGAUGUUUCUCGACCAGGCCAAUAUGCCAAUAGAGCAAGGUGGACCCGGAAAUUUGACGUAUAUUCGAGCAAGGAGUGAAGAGACGCUCGGCCGCAAGCGAUUACGGGAUGAUGACGUUGAGUUGACAGAAGAUGAUCAGUACUAUGACUUUUGCCGCUCGCUCGUACAUAAUUUGAGGAAGAUUGGCGAGAUGGAUCGGAUCAAGUAUUUGUCGUUGACAAAGAAUAUCCGCGACCUGGUUUAUGACACGGAAAUGGACCUUCUACGCCAAUCCGAAGAGCUCCUCCAGCAGCAGCAACACUCCAUGCAGCUCCGA